AUGAAAUAACAUUAGAAGAUCUUGAUUGAGUCAACAAAAACUGCUUCAGUAUUGCAUUUAAUAUUUCAUGUUUAAUUGAUUAGCUUGAUUAUAUAUAAUGAAGAAGAAACAAUAAAAGUUUAGAAUUAAAAUUAUUCCUUAAAUUUAUUAUAAGCUUUCUAUUACUUGAAUUAGAUUGGAAGACCAUAUUAAGUUUUGUUACGCUUUUAAAAUUUUAGACUUUUUGCAUUUUUACCUUUUACUGUAUUCCUAUUUUUGAUUUCAAUCGGGUUUAUGAAGAAAUUGGUUAUUCAUUAUUUGUUUAACAAAUAAAUGAUAAAAACAAAUGUUAUUGAGAAUUCUAAUCACAAAUCUUAACUUCCAAUUGUAUAUUAAUUGUAUUUUUACUUAUUUGCAUUAUAUACAUUUGAUUUUUAUGUUAUUUCAAUAGCUGAAUCAACUGUCAAUGCAGUAAUAUAAAAUAUAUAAGUAUUAAUCAUCACAGUUUUACUACUAUUUAAUUCAGUGAUUUUUGUAUUUAUUAAUAUCUUAUGUUCAGAAUCUAUUCAUUUCAAAAGUUCUCCUUUACAUGUACAACAAUUAUAAAAAAAUCAAUUUUUGAAUAUCAUUUUGAUCAUUUUUUCUAUGUAUUUCAAAUAAAAAAGUGAUGAAGUUAGCAUAAUUCUUGUUUACAUAUUAAACAUUAUAAUUUUACCUUAUUAUCUAUACACAGAAAUUUUAAAAUAACCUAGCUUUUUAAAUAAACUCUCUUUAAUCAUAUUAUCUUUUGGAUUUUUUUAAAAUAUAUUUUCUUUAAUAUUAAUUGGGGCUAAAUUUGAAUAUAGAAUUGGAUUAGUAUAUAUUUUGUGCCCAUUUUUUAUCAAUAUUAUCAUUUACUAUUAGAAAGCAAGAAAUAAAUUAAAUUUCAAAAAAAAUAGAGACAUUUAGGAAAUAUACUAGAAUUUAAUGAUUUUAUCUGAUGAAAAAUCAAAAUAUUAAAAAAAGCAUUAAUUUGAUUUCAUUAUUUUCAAAUAAAAAAAUGAAUAGCUUAUGGAUUAGGAUCUUUUUUAAUAAGAGUUAACCAAUUUUAAUAAUAAAAUUAUUAAGGAAAGUAAAUCACAAAAAACCUUCUGGUAUUAAAAAUAUAUUUAAAUAAAAUAUCAUUAAUAAAAUUAUACUGAUACAAUCUCUUUGAUAUAUCACUUUACUUAAAAUCAAUUAUAUUCAGAGUCUUCAAAAUCAUAUUUCAGAGUAUCUAUAUAACUUUCAUUCUUACAAAGAUUAUAAUUAGAUUUAAUAUAAAAAGAGGUUUAUUAACUCCUUUAUUAUAACAUUACUAAAGGAAAUGAAUCUUCUGAAAAUGAAUUAGCUCGAUAAUAUAUAAUUUAUUCAAAAAUUGUGUAAGAAAAUCAAUUCGAAAUUAAAAAUUUAUUUCUUCUCAAGGAAAAAAUCUAUUAAUAAAUGCUUUAAGGAAAAAAUUAAAACUAAAAUUAAUUAUUUAAUUUAUCUUAUUCUUUGACUCAAAAAUCCUUAAAGUAUCUCAAAAAAAUAAAGAUUGACUUAUUUGUUCAUAAAACUUUUAGGAUAUAACAAUUACUAAUAAUGCUUUAUGUGGAUUUUUUUAAUAACAUCUUUCAAGCUGAAACUGUUAGAUAUAAUCAAAUUAUUAAUGAAGAUAACAAACAAAAUAUUUAUGAAUAAUAUUCUUAUAUUGGAUUGUAAAUAUUAGAUGAUAUGGAAAAUCUAGAGAUUAUUUAGUAUAGUUAAGAUAUAAUUUAAACCUUAGGAUAUUCAAAAAAUAAUCUAGAGCAUGAAAAAUUAAACUUUAAAACAUUGAUUCCAAUAGAAUUCUAUGAAAUUCAUUAGUUUUUGAUAAAAAGAUUUUUAUAAACUGGUUUAUGUAAAAAAUCAUCAAAACCAUAUGAACUAUUAAUUAAAGGAAAUUAAGAAACUUUUUUUUACAUUUAGUUAUAAUUAAGUGUUUAGCCUUUAACAAAUAAUUAUAUUUAAAUUUUUACAUUUAUUAAAUUUUUAGAAAACUAACCCAUUUCUGUGUUUAUAAAUAAGGAUAAUAAAAUUAUUGGUUUUACGAAUAAUUUUAUAAAUUAAGUUAAAGAUUUUGGACUUGAUAAGAAAUCUCUUAUAUAAAGUGAUAUAAAUAAAUUAAUAUCUAAUUUUAAAAAGUUACCUCUAUAAAAGAACACAAAAAUUAAACUUUUAUAAAAUUAAUAAGAAUUAAAUGCAAUAAUGAUUGAAAAAGAUAAUAUAUUUGAAUUGCAAAUAAUUGAUAAUUAAGAUUUUAUAAUAAAUUCUGAUUCAGAAGAUUAACAAAGUGUUAUUAAAAGUCUAUCUUAAAAAUUAUUGCCUAAUUAAGAAUCUUUUGUUAUAAUACCUAACCAUCAAUUCUUUGAAGAUAUAAAUCUCCCGCUUUCAGAAGAGAGGAGAGAUAAAACUGAUUAAGAAUUAUUGUAAUAAGAUGAAAAGAAAAUUUGUAUUGGAACUAUGAAAAGCAAAUUUCAUAGUGAUAAAAGUGAAUCUUUCAAAGAUAAUGAUUAAAGACUUUCAAAAAAUAGUCUCAAUUAAAAUUAAGAGGAUAUUAAUAAUGAUGAUUAAGCAUCAUCAAAGUUUUCAAAGGGAUUUCUUGAUACUGCUAUUUUUUAUAGCAAAUAUAAUUAAAUGAAUAAAUUUCUGGAAAACAAGAAACUAUUAUUCAUUUAUAUUUCUAUUUCAUUAUUUUUGUUUGUUUUAAUAAUAAACAUUACUUAUUUUCUUAUCUAAGUAUUUUAUAUUAUGCCAAAUUUUGAUGAAGUUGCUAAUGAUGCAGAUUUAUUAUCAAUAAAAUCUAAUUUUUUAGUGCCUGUUCAUGAUUGCAUAACUUCUCAAAAUGCAUUUGUAAAUUAUUAUAUGUUAUCAAAAUACUAAGUGAUCACAUUAGAAACAGCCACAAAGAAAAUGCCUUUUUCUCGAGAUGCUAUCAGAAAGUCUUAUGAAAUUCUUAAAAAAUCUUAUAUUGCACAAUUAAAUAACAGAAACUUAUAAGUGUUUUUUUAUGAUAAAAAUAUCUAAAUGCAAUUUCUUAAAGAUAACUCUUUAGAAUCAAGGUAGAUUCCUCUUAAAACAUCAUUAUUUCAUUAUUUGGAGUCUUAGUACUUUGUAAUAUCAGAUAAUUCAGAAAUUAAUUUAAAUUUAAUAGAUUUAAUAGUUUCAAAUGACUUUGUUUACUUUAUGGCAAACUUAUUAACCUUUGACAACUAUUUUGAUUCUUUAAGUGAUGAAGUUUCACUACUAAUCAUAAAUAGAAGUUUAAACAAAGAGAAUGAAGGAACUAAAAUAUUUUUAAAAAUGACAUUUCUUUAGAUUUUAUUCAUUCUAUUAGGAUUUUCUUAUGUUUUAAAAAACUAUUAAACUCAUUCAAAACAUUUUAAUUUAUAUACAGAUAUUAAUUAAUAUGCAUUAUAAAUUGAAUUACAACGAUUAAGUUAGAUAGAUUAACUUUUGAUGAAAGAUAAUGCAUCAUAAUACUAUAAUUUUGAAAUAGUUAUACAUGAAAAGAAAAUUCAAUAAAACUUAGCAUAUUACAAUUCAAAAAAUAAUUAAGUGAGAUUGCAGUGUUAAUAAUAUAAAGCACCUAGCUUAAAAAUUUUAAUAAUAUUUUUGAUGUUCACAGCUUUUAUCUUGUGUCCUCAAGUAAUAUUAGAAUAGAUUGAUAGCAAUUUUUAUGAAAAGUAUUAAGUAAGUAGUUAUUGGUUGGAAAAGAUUUCAUAAACUAGUUCAGCUUUGAUUGCUGUUUAUUCAUACAGAGAAACUAAUUAUCAAAUAAGUUAACACAGCCCUUAUUAUUUUUUUUAUUCAGAUGAUGUUCGAAUUUUAUAAAAUGAAAAAGUGAUUGAAGAAUUAGAAAAAAUAAAUGAUUUUAUUACUUAAUUUCCAUAUUUAGACUAGUAACUAUUUUUAUAAUUAUAAUUUAGUGAAUCAAUGAUUAUAGAUGACUAAACGAUUGAGCUAUUAGAAAAUAUUCAAUCUACUAAUGUUUGUAAUUUUAUAACACAUGUAUCGAAAUAUUUAUUAAUUUAGUUCAACAAAUCAUUGGCUCAAGAACAUUGUGAUUCAGUUUUUAAUGGAGUGAUGAAAUUAGGAAUUUAUAAUUCUAUUUCCACAUUGCAUUAACAGAUAUCAUAAGAAUAUGCUAAUACAAAUGGAUUUGAAGCAAAGUUGAGGCCAGUAAUAGCACCUUACGAAGAAAUAGAGUUAGGAAUGAUAACAUCUGAUGCAAUUAUGUCGAUUCUUGAUUAAAUUUUAGAUAGUGUGACAGAAGCAAUAAAUAAGAUAAGAAUAACUCAUUAAGUAUUGUAUUUAGGGUAUUUUAGGUAUUGAGUAUAAUUUAUAUUCUAUUGGAUUUAGUAUUAGUUAUGGUAUUAUUUACCUAAUAUCUUCCAUUUUUGGUUUAGUAACAAGAGAUUGUAAGGAGUAUGAUAUUUUUGAUACCACAAUAUUAAUUUUAUUUGGAUCAGAAAUUUGAAACAAAUUUUCGAUUGUUACUGUUACAAACAAAAUGA